AUGAAACAGACUCAACAACAAGCUAAAAAAAUUGAAUCUUCCGAGAAAGCCCCAAUUGAGGAGAAUCAGAAUAAUGAGAAUGAGAAUAUUAGCGACGAUAACGAAGAUAUUGUUGAUAAGUUAUUAGCUAAGAUUGAAGCAAAACGCGUCGAGGAGGAAAAAAUUGCUGCUUCAAAAGUUUCGGUGUCCUCAAAUAAGGUCCCGAAAAGCAAAAAACCAAAUCGACAAAAAUUAAGAAAGGCACGUAAAGCAGCUGAGAUGGCCGAAUUACAACGCGAAGUUGAAAAUGAAGCCAAAAAUCAACCCAAUAUGAAUGAAGUAGAACGCGAAAAAAUCAAAGAAAUCGUCACCACAAUGGGAUUAUCUAUUAAAGAGAUCAAGCCUGAUGGGCAUUGGCAAGUUUUCUUGGCUUUUCAAUAUAAGAUAUACCUUUAUAAUGCUAUAUCAGACCAAUUGCAAAUUAAACAUAAUAUUAUGACUGAUUAUAAAGAACUAAGGCGUAAAACCGCGGCAUAUAUGCGUGAAAACCCUGACGAUUUUAUUCCGUUUUUACCUACCAAAGAUGACGGAAUAUGUAGUCCGGAACAAUUUAGUAAAUAUUGUGAUGAAUUGGAAAAUACAGCCGUUUGGGGAGGACAAUUAGAAAUUAUUGCGAUUUCGAAAACUUUUAAGUUACCAGUUCAUUUAAUUCAAAUGAACUCACCAUUGAUGAAGAUUUCUGAUGAUGAAUUCCUAAACAAAGAACCUAUUACAAUAUCAUUCCAUCGACAUAUGUAUGGAUUAGGCGCUCAUUACAAUUCACUUCGAAAAAUUUGA